UGCGACGCGAUGGCUGCAGCAAUGGAUGCUGCAGUGUCUGGACGUGAGGGUCUGCAAGUAGCAGUAGGACGAGAUAAGACUCAUUUACAGCAUAAUAAUACUUUAAACUGGGCAGAGGAGUUCGUCCGCGACUUAGCAAGAGCAAGAAAAAGUGCAGACUUCGUUUACUCUUCGAUGGGGCUUGGAAAUACCUACAGAAUGAUGGGCAUGGACUCCCAUUUCAGGUAUCUGGACACCUCGCUGGUGAUGGCGGCCUUCCGCAAUUCUCGCCAUCGCGUUUUCUUCUUUGAUUGCGAAGGGACGUUGGCUCCGGAUCAAAGGAGGCUGGCUAUGAUGCAGAAGAACGGAGAAGAGUUAUUUGCAGCAGGGAGGCCUCCUUCUUCGCAAGUGCAGCGGUGUCUGAAAGCUCUCUUAGAAAACCCUAAAAAUACAGUUGUUAUAUUAAGCGGACGAGACAGAAACCUGCUUCAAGACUGGUUCAGAGAUGUUAAGGGUAUAGGCUUAUGUGCUGAGCACGGGUAUUACUACCGCCUAGACAAACUAACAGGAGACGAAUGGGGCUGCAUGUGCCCUGACGCCGAUUUCACUUGGAAGUCUGUCGCUGUUGAAUUAAUGCUGCAGUAUGUUAAAAGAACUCAAGGCGAGUUGCUGUUUGGCUAUCCUGUGACAGUAGUUAGCGGCAAGGGGUACGUAGAGGUGAAGUUGCUGGGCGUUAACAAAGGCAAAGCUGUUGAGAGAAUUCUUCAGACUCUUUCUACUCUGCACGGGGACAUAGACUUCGUCUUCUGCAUCGGAGAUGAUAGGUAUUAUCUGAUGGAUACUGGAGAGGUGUCCGAUUUGCUGGGGGCGCUGCGACUCGUUUCAGAGACUUAUGACGCCUUUCAUCACAGCCAAACCCUCGGCCCUCGAGCAUUUGCGUCUUCUACUGUUAGACCAGAGCAGCAGCAGCAGCAGCAGCACCAUCAGCAGCACCAUCAGCAGCAGCACCACCACCACCAUCAGCAGCAGCAGCAGCAGCAUGCGCGAGGACAGAGCAUAGACGAGGAAGAAGAGCCCGUGCCUCCCCUACGCCACCGACACAGCCAGCAGCACCAGCUGGAGCAGCAGCAGCAGCAACAGCAGCAGCAGCAGCUGCUGCUGCUGCAGCACCAACAGGGGCACUGGUCUACAGACAGUAUGGGUUCAAGAUUAAGUCAUCGCAGCUUGGAGACAGAUGAUGAUGAAGACAAACAACAAAAAACAAAAGCGUAUUCGUCUGUCUCCUAG